UCCGAGAGUGUUGAAGAUGGCCAUCUUAGUUCCAGUUUUUGGACAGCUCUUUUCCCAUAGCGUAGCUACUCUGCCUGUACCAAAAUUUCUGGACGCUAAUUUGUUUGUUUACAGGGAUGACUUGAAUAGAAGCCUAUGCUACACAACGACAGACACGCAAAGGGCGCCUACAUUUUCAGGAGUAGUGGGAUUCAACGUAGAUAAUUUCUGUAAGGCGGCCGCUACUUUAGAUGGACUAACAGCGGGCCAAGGCUCUACAGUGAGCGAAUCGUGUACCACGCUGUGUGGGGUUUCGGGACACACGUAUAACACCAACUUCCUUGGUCCAUGCAAGGCUCCGCAGACUUCCCGACAAGCAUGCUUCGACGACGACCAUGUGCUGUGCUUCUGGAAGCAAUGUGCAAAGAAAUACAGCGAGAUAAAAGCGCUGUCCCGUCGUAACUGGAACAUACCAGACAGCCAUUACGACGAAAUGGAUGCCUGUGCUAAAUAUCCCUGACGUGGCGUUACUCAGCUCAAGAUUACCUGGUCGUGUCGUGCUUUCUACUUCG